UGUCAAGAAUAAUUACUACUUCCAAGCAUAUUUCCGUAAACAAUAUGGCGAACGUCGCUCCUGAUAAUAGAAAGGAAAAGGAAAAUAACAAUGGAGAUAAUAAAGUAAUUGUACUUUCCAGCGACGAAGAAGAAGAUUGUCAAAGUAACAAGGAUAUUGAUUUUGUGUUUAAGCGAUUUAUUUUAGCAUGCCGGCCUCAUGUAGAUGCGCAGUGUAUUGGAAAUGCGCGAUCAUUAUUUCAGGCGGUUCGAGCCAAUUCAAGAGGAACUGUGCCAAGCGAUAUUCUCCAAGUGCUGGAACGCGACAUAACGAAAAAUAUCACAAAAGAAAAUGCAACAUUACAGAUGGCAACAUUUUGCAACGCGUUAGAAAAGAUGAAAUCAUCUAACGAAAUACCUAUUUCAGACAGCAAUCUGAAAAAUGAAAUUGCCCAUGGAGGAAAAAUUAUUUGUGACGUCAGAAGAGAGGGUGACGAAGCAAUAGAAGGUGGGAGUAUACCCCUUCAAGUUAUAACUAUAUCUGAUGAUAUUUCCUCGAGAAGAAUAAAAACUAACAAUGAUAAAGUUGGUGAAUGUUCUACUGCGUCAACUUCUUCAAAUCAAGUUGCGACCAGUAAUGAGAAGAGAAAAAUAUCCAUUAAAGAUUUGACGGAAAAACAGAGAAUGAAAUUGAUUCGUCGUCAAAAACAACAUUUGAGGGAUUGUAGCAAGAAAAUUAAGAUUUUUGAGCAAUCAGAACUUACAUUAGAUGAAAUGAAUGAUGAUGACAGCUCAUACAUUCAACUUCAGCGUUUGAAAACAAAAUUUUCACGGAUAUGGAACCGCUUGUGUAAACUACAAGGACGGGCAACACACACAGGUCGUGUCACAGAAAAGCCUGUACGAGCAAGUGCAACUGGAUGUAAACUGAUUGAUAAAGCAAUUGCUAAAUUCUUGAAAGAUAAACCAAGUACAUUUCCUGAUUUUUUUGACAUUCGAGAUAUUGUGAUGAAAGUGAACAAGAAGUAUGACCUUCGUAUGAAACCUCAAGCUCUCAAUAGCAUGAUAAAAGACUUGUUUACAGACAUAGGAGGUAAGCUACAGAAACGUAGAGAGAAAGCUAGCUUUAAUUUUGGGAGCCAUCUUUUGGAUGAAUUUGAUCCCGAUAACGAUCCAGCGCUAGUGGAUGAGGAUCUAAGUCAAAAACUUGAGGAAAAUAAAAAGUUAUCUCGCCACAACAUGAAAAAUUUUUCAAAAUAUGUCCACCUCGAGCGAUAUGCAAGUGAUGAAAAAAACAAAACAGAAAGUCAAUUGAUGGAGUCUAGUGCUGAAUCAGAAGACACAUCUGAUGAUGAAUCAGCAUUACACUCCACUCGACUCAACUCUCGGGAAGUACGUGGUAAAUCAAAUUCAAAUAUUAAGGAUGUUUGUUUUGAAGAUGAAAGUUCUUCUGAGGGUGAGCACGAGACAAACGAGAACUCAAUAUUAUUUGAUGAUUCACAGGAUUCAUAUGCUUGUAAAUCAGCUUUUGAUGAAACAGAGGAUGAAAGCCACAGCACUUUGUUUACAAAUACGAAAGAUGUAAUUUCAAAGACCAUCAAUGAAAUCAGUGAAGAUGUUUGGUUAACAGAUGAAAGUAAGUCACAAUAUGGAUGUAAAGAUAAUAUGGAACAUGAUAAGGAAGAUCUUAAAAAAGGACAAAUGAAAAAACAAUCGUUUACCAACUUAAUAUGUAAAAAUGAAGUUGAUGUGGAAAAUAAAAAUGAAAAAAAUGAUGAAAUCCAUCAACAAACUGUAACAUCAGAACAAAAGUACACCAAUAACAUAAAUUUAGACUUGGUUGGAAAGGAAGCUGCUCAAUUACCACCCGUUCAUUUAAAUACCGACAAUACUGUUGAUGGUAAUAUACAAACUGGUAAAUUGACCAUUCCAUCAUCUAGUAAGGUAUGUCUUAUUAUAACUGAUGACGAAGACACAACAAAUGAAAGUGUAUCUAAUGUUGCGUCUUUACAACAAACCAACUCUGGAAGUCUUCUUGAAAUAUUCAGGAAAAAGUGUGCUGGUAUUUUAAAUGAUGGUGAAAAAAUUGAGAACAAUAAAUGUUUGUCUCCAAAAGUGAUCACUAUAAACGAAGAGGAGAAAGACUUGAAGGACCGCAAACACUCAUCAGAAUAUUAUACGCUUCCUUCGCAUCAUCAGAUUCCCAUUACUAGCGAGAAAAAAGAUUUACCUAUAACGCCAAACAGAAAUUCUAAGAAGAAUCAGUGUAUAAAUGACGAACAUUCUUCAGAAUAUAAAUUGCAGUCAAGUAAAACUGAGCAAGAGAAUCUUUCGCUGUCAGACAUAAAGCAUUUGGACAAACAUUCGAAUGAGCACUGUCCGGCGAAAAGAAAAGCAACGACAGAAAUAUCUAUUCCUCUUACGAAGUCUUCGGUGAUAACGUUAGAAAAUAUCGCAUUUGAGUUGAAGAACAAGAAAUUAAAGCUAAAUGAUGAUUCCAAGAGUGUAAUAAAAAAUGAAACUGUUUCUACUUCGAUAUCUGGAACUACUACUUCUAAAUCUGAAACCUUAAACUCUCCGAUCAAUUUCCUAAACAGCAACGAUGAUUGCCCGCGGGUGUCUGUCGGCAAGGCGAAAAUUGAUUUAAAAAAAAGACAAAUGUUUCGUUUAAAAACUCUAAACGCGUUCAACGUGUCAAGAAAAACAAACAUUACAGAUCAAGAUGUUGUAAAUAGUCAAUUAGCUGAAGGUAAUUUAACGGUUAAACCCUCAGAUAAAAGUGAAAUCAUCGUAAUUGAUGACGAAUGAACAAUUACGUCAUAGCCUAGACUGAUGACUUGUAUAAUAUAUUGAAUUAGAAUCAACGAAUAGUGGUUAGUUUAAUAUUUAUGUAAAAUCACAACUUUCAUUACAUUUUAUCGGGGCUUUGUAAGUACACAUACGUAUGGUAAAAAUAUUAAAAUAUUAAUACCGUGUUUGA